GAAUUUGUACCUCUAAAAGCCGGACCAUCCCACCUUAACAUUAGUUUUGAGUUGAGAUAGCCAAGUUUGCGGCCAGGCUCAGAAACCACCAUUUAUCCUGGUCGCAACCCCCGCAGCUUUAUGGUGUUCAAGAAAUUUCUUCCCUUUACUUGCAGGGUGGGACCAGCGUGGUCCCUAUCUCUUAACCAUUACGGGAAUCUGAUGACGUCAUCAGGCUUUCGAACGUCCGUUAAAUGUUUGACUAAAACGUUUUGUAUCACGCGGUGGUAUAUGCUGCUUUGCGCGCAACAAAUGCCGCACUUUCAAAUAAAGUCGCUAGGAACAGCGGAGAUCCCAAAAAGUAAACAAAAGUAAAAGUCUAAUAUCUUGAAAACCGGUGAAUAUUUUUCGAUGAAAUUUGGUAGAUAUUCGUUUUUGCUCUUUCUGAACCGAGCGACAUCACUUUCAUGCCAAUUCAUUAACUUUUUUGAAGGUGGGAGGGUCCCUUUAAAGUACUGCAAAAAGUGUUUUUGCCUUGCUAUUUUGCAGUUCACUGCAAGGUUCACUGAUCCCGGCUUUGGGUUCCUGGAGGUUCUGGUGCGUGAAUAAGCGAGGUGAAUUCCUUAUCGUAAUUCAUCGCAAGGAGUUAGGACCGACGUAAAAGCCACCAUGCACAUCACAGAGGACCAGGCAGCAGCACUGGCCAGGCUGGCGCCUACUGAGGUUGGCCCUGUGACCGAGAGUGCCCUCGCUGAACUGGAGAGCCCCGCCGAGGGGCCGGCGCGACCGCCGGACCGCACCCUGGCCGUGCUGGCCGUGCUGCUGGCGGCGGCACGCGCUCCGCCCGCCGACUCGGCGCUGCUAGCCGCCGCUCUGCAGGCCGCCUCCGUGCCGCCGGACGUGCUGGAGUCGCUGCUGUCUGCUGCCGCCGAGAGCCGGCCGCGCGUGCGGCGCGCCCUGCUGGCCGGCCGGCCGGAGCCGCAGCAGCUGAGCGGUCUCAGCUGGCGGCUGGCGACCGUGGUGGGCAGCCGCGCGCUGCCGACCCAGCUGCGGCCCGAGCUGCUCCUGCGGCUGCAGCUGAUCCAGCAGCCCCGCGAGCUGUCGCUGCUGGUGGAGCCGGCCGACUUGCGACACAUCACGGCCGAGCUGGAACGGGCGCUGUCCCGGCGGCCGGUGGGACAUCGGCUCGGUCCAUCGGCCCCAGCUCCGCCACACUGACUGAAACACCGCCAGCGGGACAGGACCAAGGACGGGGCUGCCUGCGACACCGCACGGACGGUGUAGUGUGGAUAAACUCUCAUAGGGACUUCCCACGGGCUGAGCAGCCGCAGUGAUAGUAGACGACAUACUAGCGACAUCGAGACUGGUCAGUGCGCUAGGGGACCACUAGUUGCUAGGGCUGCUCGGUGUCUAUUCUGUGCAGGGAUGGUGGACCACUGCGUCAACUAGACCGGACUCUAGAUUCGAACAGCCUCUGGUGCACCGCUCGUGUGACGCCAUACGGACGUGGGCAGUUUGGGAGCGGAUCAUGAGUGCGAACUUUCGCGUAAAUAUCCCACUGAAAAAGUGAUAACAUCUUGCAUAGAUACAUUCAGAUGCAUGUUGUGUAUUGUGCAAGUGUUCGGGUUGAUACUGUAUUUGUACUUGGAAGGCUUUCCAUUUCAAAUGAGGCAUGAGCAUCAAGGAAUGAGUCAGCUAGAAGCUGGAAGGACCUCGAUGAAUGUGUGUGCCGGUUCUCAGACUAGCGCGGGCAUACCAGACACGAUGAUCCCAGCUCUUAGCAUUGUGUGUCUUUUCGGCGUAUGAACCUUAGAAAAUGCCUGGAGGGCGGAUCGCUGCGUGCCUUUGUACCGAAUCUAUGAUAUCGAUAUUUAGCAAUAG